UGACGUUUUCCAGAUGUCAUGUCAAAUUUCGGUUUUCGUUAAAAGUUCUGUAUUACAAGAACUUUAUCUGUUACAUGCUACCAUGUGUUGAUGUGUCUCAUGAUUUUGAUCUUAUGCACAAAUAAAUCAUCCCACUGAUCGUCAUCCAUAAUCGUUUUCCCACUCUCUCUUGAUAAUUUUUAUUUUUUCAAGUUGCAAUGGUUUUUUCAGACCUAGUGCUAACAUUUUUAAGUUUUUGGGCAUUUGUACAUGUUAUAUAUCGUAUAUUAUUACGGCAAAAUUCAUUGCAUGGUACACAUCAACAUUUAUCCAGAAUAAAUAUUCCAUUAAGUCAUCUUCCAGUAUCAAAUCCAAAUUUAGUAUUUCAUAAACCACCAACAGUAACACUUAGUUAUUUUUGUCUUCGCUAUAAAACAACUAAAUUUAAUGCAUUUUUCCAGUCACUUGCAAAUAGAGCACCAAAAUUCUGGAAAAUAUGGUUUGAUAUAGGAGUUUUAGUCGGAAUUUCAGCAAUGAUAAUUGGAAUCGGUGUUAUGAUUUUAGCGGGAUGGAAAUUAUUAAUGGGAAUGAUUAGAUCAGUUGAAUUUAAUUUCCAGAAUCAUGAUAUUAAUGAUAAUAAUUUUUCUUUACAACCGAAACUUGUGAAAAGAAGUGGAGAAAUAAAUCAUCAAAUUGAAAAGAAUAAUGAAGAUCACCAAGUAUUUAUACCCGUAAUACCUGGAGUGACAUUACCAACUUCACAUCUCAUAUAUUAUCUUAUUGCGCUUUUGAUUUGUGGAAUUAUUCAUGAGGCUGGACACGCCAUUGCUGCUUACCGUGAAUCCGUGCCAAUAGAUUAUACAGGAAUAUUUUUAUAUUUUUUUUAUCCUGGAGCAUUCGUUAGUUUUUCUGACUUGCAUUUUAACAAAUGUUUAUUCAGAGAAAAACUUCGUAUAUUAUGUGCGGGAGUUUGGCAUAAUAUAGUCAUAUUUCUCUUUGGAAUGUUUAUAUUGAAUUCAGGAAUAAUUACAUUAUCAAUGAGUCUCACUGGAUAUAGGUCUGUAGAAGGAACUGGAGUUAGUGUUAUUAGUGUCGAGAGUACAGAUUUAACUGGAAUAUUAUAUCCUUCAACAUUAAUAACAAAAUUAGACGAUUAUGACUUGAAUGAGGCUUCAUUGGAUAAAUGGAACAAUUUUUUGUUAAAAAAUUAUGAAUUAACAAAAGGUAAUUAUGGAUUUUGUGCAUCAGAAAAGGAUAUUACACCUUCAUUAGAUUGUUGUGAUAUCACCGCAGUUCAUCCUUAUGGAAAUUCAGAAAACAAAGAAAUUUCAUGUUUUCAACGAUCUGAUCAAAAUAGUUCACAUUAUAAGGAAUUAAGUUGUCUUCAUGCAAGACCAAUAUUAGUUAACAUAAAUGAACAAAGGUGUAGAAAGGAUUUGGAUUGUGAUAAUCCUUUACCUAUGUGCGUAUUACCAUAUACGCCUUCUGGGUUCCCCGUUCCCGUGAGGAUUUAUUUUAAACAUCCUCCGUGGAUUGCAAAUCAAAAGGAAAAUAAAGAACAAGUUUUAUUAUGGCUUGGAGACUUAGAAAACUUGUGGGAAAUAGUACAAGUUAGUACUCUUCAACCAAGAUGGUCAUGGGUUCCUCUAUGGAUUCCUUUCACUGUAGAAAUAAUCAUAAGGUAUACAGUAUCAUUUUCACUUGCACUAUGUAUAUUAAACAUAUUACCAGCAUUUCAAUUGGAUGGAUAUCAUGCAUUAACAACAAUAUUAACACGAUUAUAUGAAGUUGAUGAUAGAGCGAGCACUGCAAUAAGCAUUAGUAAAAGAACUCGACAAAGGAAAAACCUAGAAAAUGGAGUUGUUUAUGGUGUUACCGGUUUAGUUGGUUGGGUUGUAUUUGGGACUUUAAUUUCCGGUGUAUUUUUUGAAGGACAUUAAAAACCACAAUUCACAAAUUAAAAUUUAUUUAUUAUGAUAUAAAUAGUAGCUUAUUUUAUGAAUAAUUCGUGUUUCUUAUCUAAAUCAUUACAGAAUAAAAUGAAACAUUAACUUAAAAGAAAGACUACUGACUGUAUGGAGUAAUGUAUAAAGAGCAAAAUUUAUUUAACAAGUGACAAAUUAGAAUAGAUCAGCAUGAUCAUUGCAAAUGUAUACAUGUUAUCAUAAUUAUUAAUAAAUAUAAAGAGUAUAGCAAGUACAAUAUCAAGCAAUUGAAUUUUAAAACUGCA